GACAUUGAUCAUUGACAUGUGGUUUUAUUUAGGCGCUCGAAACUUUUGAAACGGUACGUAUUGGUUCAGUUCACGAAAAUUAAUGCAAUGUUGCCAUUAUGCCGAACUUGAGCAGCCCCUGUCCAACUGAGAGAUGACACUUCGGCUCAAAUUAAGGUAUUAACAGUAAGGAACAGACAACCUUGAAAGAUCCAAUCAGGUUCUAAGUGUAGGUUGGUAUUUAACUAACGAAAAAUGUAUUCUUAAAAUACAUGUUACCGAAAUGAAUCACACAGGGUGAAUAUCCCUAAUAUGCUGUGAAAAUAGGCGUCGGCAACUCACAGGAGUGUCUGCAGACAUAUAAAACCAGUGUCGAUAAAAAAUCUAAGUGACUAUCUAUCAUAUUUUUCUUAGGGAGUUUCGAUUCCAAGAGGAAGGUGCCCAAAAGCCACCGUAAUUUACAACUCACUCAUUUAACAGUGGUUUUACUGAAUGCAUGACCAUCGAAAGCCUGGUACUACUUCUGCAAAGUCACUGUCCCUCCACAUAUCAAUCUUUUAGUCCUCCGUAUCAACCUAAUUUACAUGCAGAAGUCAAAAACUAAGUCAAGGGGAAACUUGAAAAGAUUAUUAUGAACAGCGUUCAUUCGUAAUGCUGAGUGAUCUAACUAAAGCUCAUUUGAUUUUGGUGGCUAUUGUUUACUCUUGCCUGCCAAAAUAGUUUCCUUUAAUGAAUUUGGUCUCUUGAACCACUUCGACAAACGAGUGACAUUUUUUCCUUGUGAAGUAACUUUUACUUUUCUUGUGUAAAUCAAAUCAGAAGCUUUUUCAUUUACUCUAACUGUCCCAAUUAGUUCAAGUAUUGCUUUAUGUCCACUUUCGAGGCAUUUUGUGUAAUUUAUGUAUCACCGCGUGUAUCCGAAUAAAUCGCAGCUAGCAUUUUCUUCGGAUGAACCGCAAAACGUGGAAUAAUGAUCUGCAGUCUGCCUAAGGAUUCUGCAGUGCGUCCGAAACCUACCCUCAAACAUUCUUCAAUGCACCCUAAGUUUCUGCAACUGACUAUAAGCCUGAAUUGAACAUCGUCUGCAAAUAAUAAAGUUGAUGUAAAAACUUUCGGCAGUUCGUUUACGUAUAAUAGGAUUAGAAGGGGGGCCAAGUUCAGUUACUUGAGGUACUCCACUCAUUACUGCUUUCCACCGUGAUAGUACACCAUUAAUUCUGACCUAUCCAUCAGGUAGUCCCUAAAGCACUCACAGAGGCGUUGGUCUAAUCCAAAACCUCUUAGUUUACUAAGAAGACCUAAAUGGGAUACCUUAUCGACUACUUUACUAAGAUCGGUAAAGACAACGUCAAAUAUAAGGUUCUUAUUCCUGGCUUCAAGCCAUUCUUCCCUAGCUAGCCGUAGGUCUGUCAGAUAGGAUCAUCCUGGUCGGAAUCCAUGCUGUUCCCCCGCCAUUAAGCUAUAUUUCCCCUUAUGAGCUACGAGCUGAUCCCUUAUGAUUGUUUCCAAUACCUUCACUCUAAUCCAUGUCAGUAGUUAGAUACCAACCGCUUGUUUCCCUUUUUGAAGAUAGGGCUUACAAUUGUAUUCUUUCAGUCCCUGAGUCAGAGACAUUUGAAAAAUCUGUGUAAGUGGAAUGUAUAUUAUAUCCGCCAAGGAGAUUAGCAGUCUAGGGUGAAGUCUGUUGGGUCCCGAUGAUUCACCUAACUUCAGUUUGGGCAGUAAUUUGAGAAUCUCUGCGUCCUAUAUCACGAUCGAGGGCACUUUAGUGGCGAUGGCAGUGACUUCGCUAUGCCCUGGGUUGCACGACUAGAUGAAAAAACAUCGCAAAAGUAUCCCGAGAGCUUUCCGACUUUCGUUUCAUUUGACUCGGCCGCCUCUAUAGUACUGCUUAUGAGUGACGGUAUACCACUGCUAGUUUUAGUCCUACGUUUGAUAUACAAGUACAGGCUUUUUGGAUGAUGCACUAACUAUCUGUCAUACUCUACACAACUUUUGUAAGUCAUAUACUUACAGAAGUUUUGAAUUUUGCGGUAGUCCAUCCGAAACUCCUCCCUUCAUGUGACAGUAAACCGGUUUCAUGGGUUCUUUCGCUGUCUUAAUACCUUCCACAUUUCAUUUCUAAUCCAAGGUGGUUUAUGCAACAGCUUUUGAAGCAUAGACCAAGGUAUAAAAGGUGCGGUGACGCAAUCUGGUGCAUUACUAAAUCUUACCCAAGCUUCCUCGACAGUCUGAUUUAUAUCAAAACUGACUUGUCAGCUUGGGUUGCUGCGCUCCGGAUCGCAGAUAUAUUCACUUUUCAAAUAUUUGGACGAGCAGUUGUUGACCUAUGUAUAGUAGCGUGAAUCUUAAACGUAAAAGUGUUAACUACAUGAUCACUACUGCCUAGCAGCGGAAGGCACCUAAUGUCACCGACAUCCUCUUUCUGGUGUGUUAGCACCAGGUCUAGAGUAGACGGAUCAUGUUCAGAGUGGUAUCGUUUUGGUGCAUGUACAUUCUGCACAAGUGCACAUUCAAACACUGUCGGCGUGUUUCCUGUUGAAACAGGUACGCAACCUAGUGGAUGUUAAUUCCUCCCAAUCAAUAGUUGAGGCGUUCAAAUCACCUACUAUUGGACACCUAUUUCUACUACUCCACACCCGAGGUUAUUUAGUACGAAAUUAUCAUCUUAGCUGGUAGAACUUCUAUAAAUAACCCCAAUCAUCAAACUACCCUUGUUUAAGUUAAUGACAGCUUGCUGCUUCAUUAGUGCCGCUGCCAUGCGCUUCUGACAACGUUGACCUAAUUCCUAUGUCUUCCCGGAUAUAUAAGGCAACCCCAACACCUUUCCAACAAAUCAAUGUCUGCUCUAACGCAGGUGUACCCAGAUAUGAGUGGAGUUAAGUCCACACCCACUAACAACCAUGUUUCAGUGAUAGCAGCCAUAUCAAGUUGUAGUCUUUCAGAUAAUACUUCCAAUUCAGGGACCUUAUUCCUAAGAGGUAGUGGUAGUGUCACCCAGUGAUCUUACAAUGUUGCUACUACUUGCCCUCUUAGAUUUAUCGCGACCUUUUGCGUACCAUUGCAGACCUUUUGGUAUACUGUGCCUCUUUUGCGUCUAGCGCUUCUGAAUAUGGUUCAGUCUCAGUCUUAUGAGACUUUUGUCAAUUUCUUCGACAUAAGAAGUCCUACGGCCUCUUGGAUGAGGACGUCCAACGAACUGCUGCAACACCGUCAGGGACGAUAGCUUACUACAUCUAUCAUACUGCAUCCAUCAUCAACAUGAAAGUGGCAGUUUAGUCGUCCACAGUUAUUCGUGAGAUUUAUGUCGGUAUGUUUAUAAGAUUACAGAGACAAAUAUGUGUGUAUGUGGAUACACACAGCUGUAUAUAAACCUUAGGAGAAGCCACGAAAGGAGACAAAAAAUAUUUGAGCUAAUUAUGCUGAUUAGAGUAUACCAAAAGGCUUCUGGUAGGAUUUACACAACAAAAGCAGAAGUUACUUCACAGCGUGAAAAAUGCCACUCUCCCUUUUUCAAAGUUUAGGUUGGGUUGUCUGCAGUUACCCAACCGACAUAUUUGCUUCAUGUGUUCCCAUCUAAUAUCAUCGUAAAGGCAAUACAUGGUGGUCGGUAUGCAUUUCUGCAGGAGCACAAGUGGUUUGGGAAACCAACUCCUUCAUUAGAAAAGAAGUUGAAGCUUAAAUUCGAGGGAUGGUGUCAUCUUUCAAUACAACAGGGAUUGCUUUAUUCCGGCUUUAUGGCGUUCGCUAGUGCUUCAUUGGAGGAGAAACACAUCAGAAGGGUUAUUUUAAAACCUUUUGCUGAUCACAAUAAUAUAAGUCUUAUUUGUCUAAUUAUUGCCUUUUUUAUUUAUAGGCCUGAGUAGAUAAUGCAAUCAAUAAAGAGAAGUACACUACUAACUGGAUUACCAGUGUCGAAAAAUCCUCAUCUUAUUUUAACAUCCUUGUAUAAUCGUAUUCUCAAGGUGUUAGCACUUAUGCCUGAAGAAUCUAGUUAUCGUAGACAUACAAGUGAAGUAGUACAAUCUAGGCUAAAUGCUGUUAAUAAGAUACCAGAUGUUCCUACUCUUGAAUCGACUAUCGAUUGUGGUCAAAUUGAAGAAGUUAUCGUACAGGCUGAAAGGGAAUAUGAUUUAGCUCGUAAUAUGCUUAAAUGGAAGCCAUGGGAAAAACUGCUUGAAGAAGCUCCUCGUGACCAAUGGAAGUGGCCACUUUAAAAUAACCUUCUUUUCUUUUGUAAUAUACUUUAGUGUGUUAUGCUGUUUCGAAAAAAAGCCAAAUAGAUUGUAGAUCUUGAAAUUUUAAUGCCAUUAACUUUGAAUUCCUUCUCCCUUCCGUUUUGUGAAUAAAGAUUACGGAAUAUACACAUUCGAUCAUAG